AUGGAGGUUGAUAGAGCUAAGGUAGAGACCAUAUCUAAGCUCCUACCCCCUAGUUCUGUUAGGGAUGUUAGGAGUUUCUUGGGCCAUGUUGGUUUCUAUAGAAGGUUUAUUAGAAAUUUCUCUAAGAUUGCUAGGCCUCUUACUCAAUUGCUAGUUAAGAAUGCACCUUUUGUUUUUUAUGAUGCAUGUUUAUCUGCUUUUGAGUUAUUGAAGAAACUAUUAACCACAACCCCUAUCAUGGCUUCGCCUGAUUGGGGGCUGCCCUUUGAGCUUAUGUGCAAUGCUAAUGAUUAUGCAGUUGGAGCUGUACUUGGACAGAGAUCAUACCUCAUCUUAUCAAAGACCAUCGUCUUCACUGACCAUUCACCUUUGAGAGAUAAGAAGGGCAAAAGAAAUUUGGCAGCGGAUCACUUAUCCAUACUGGAGAAUCCGAGCUUGGAAGCACUUGAUGCUAGGACAUUUGUUCAGGUUUACGACGCUUGUCAGCUCUUAGGUAACAUCUCUGCCCGUGAUGAAAUGCCCCAAACUAGUAUGCAAGCUGUUGAGCUAUUUGAUGUUUGGGGUAUUGACUUCAUGGGACCCUUCCCUUCUUCCUAUGGCAAUAAGUAUAUUCUUGUGGCUAUUGAGUAUUUGUCCAAGUGGUCUGAGGCACAGGCUUUACCUACUGAUGAUGCCAAAAUCGUUUGCAGGUUCCUUAAAAAGUUAUUUGCUAGAUUUAGCACACCUAGAGUGUUAAUUAGUGACAAGGGAACACAUUUCUGCAAUGCUCAAUUGGAGAAGGCACUCAGACGAUAUGGUGUGACACAGCGGUUCUCUACUCCCAUAGACUAG